GGACGCAAAACAGCAUGUAUCUCGACCGGAUGCUCCCUGACCUUGAAAUGAGACACACCACAAGGAUGCCUGAAAUUCAGCAGUGCCACUAUUUGCAACAUCAGAACGACGAACAGCGCAGGACGGCCCACUGCCCCGCGUCGGGCCCAUUAAGCCCGGUGUCUGUCGGGUCUGAAUCCAGCUGCUCAAGUCCCGAAGCGAAAGCGCCCGUGGAAACUCGAGUAAGACGCCCUUUAAACGCGUUCAUCAUCUGGACGAAAGAGGAGCGCAGACGCCUUGCGCAGCUAAACCCGGACCUGGAGAACACUGACCUCAGCAAAAUACUUGGCAAGACAUGGAAAGCAAUGUCUCUGGCAGAUAAGCGUCCGUACAUGCAAGAAGCAGAAAGACUACGGAUCCAGCAUACCAUUGACUAUCCUAACUACAAAUACCGGCCCCGUCGACGAAAGUGCAACAAGCGGAGCAGCAAGAUGCCUUCAAGUGAGAACGUCAGCUCUCCAAAUGCCACCUUUGAUCUCAGCUAUAUGUUUCAAGGUCAAGCCCCUCAGCGGCCCUACAAUCAAAUAAACUCAUAUAGGCUUCCCCACAAUGGGUUUUCAUUUGAAAACCACUCUUCAUCAUACCACUUCGAGGCAACAUCAUCAAGUGGAAACGUGUUUCAUGGUGGCGCGACUUCACUGAACUUGUCUACUGUGCAUCUGCCACGGUCUGCUUACUCAGAGUCACUAUUGUAUUCACAGCAUUCUGUCCAGCAGAGCGCUGUAGAGCUCCAUGAUAGGUGGGGAACGGAGGGUUGUGCGUGUGUGCUGUGUUUGGGUGGACCUUCUCUGGAGUUUUAUCUAGAACAGGUGAGAUCAGACAUGUUGGACCAGCUUGAUCGCAGUGAAUUUGACCAGUACCUCAAUCCAGCACAGACUUUGGACCACAGCAAAAAGUGAAAACAUUUGAUGAACACUUGAAUGAUGACUGCUGCUUCCAUCCAGAUUGCUGCUGAUUUUGUUUUUUGACUGAAACAAUUUCUUACUUUAACACAGGUACUAUUUGUAUGAUAACCAUAGAUUAUUUAUAAUAUCUAAUGCAAAAUAUUUGCUGACAUACAGUAAAUGUAAUGAUAAAGUUGUUAACUUGACCAGUUUGUACUGAUUUUUUUUACAUGUGAAAAAAUGAUCUUUCAAAUGAUGUAAAUAAAUGAAUAUGUCAAUACAUA